GGGGUGGGAGCGCAUCGCGGGCGGGGCGCGCGGGGGGCGCCGGACAACUAGCGGACGCAGACGGCGGAUGGCGCCCGGCCCCUCGGUUGUUUCUAGAAAGUCCCGAAUGGUGUCUCCUGGGAAGGCUUUUUAUGCCAACUUGAUGGACAAUGUUUCUGCGUGUAGGGGCUCCUGUCCCCUGAUGCUGACCAAGCGUGGAGAAAGGAGGCGAGGCUGAGCAUGGACCAAGGAGAGCCUUCACCUCCUGCGCCUGCAGAUUCAGAAAAUGAAGUGAAAUAUGACACCAAUAACAAUGAAGAGGAAGAGGGAGAAUUGUUUGACUUUGACAGUGGAGAUGAAGUCCCCGAAGCGGAUCGCCAGGCCCUGUCAGCCAAUGGGACCAGAGGUGCCGAAGCAGGUGUUGCUGGAGAGACCGGCGAGACCACCUCCCCUGCAGGAAGUGGAAAUGGAAAUGGAACUAGAGCCGAACCUGCCCCUGAGGCUGAGCCUGCGAAACCUGUGGUCCCAACAAGAGUGAACCCGUACUCUGUCAUUGACAUUACACCAUUCCAGGAGGACCAGCCACCGUCUCCAGACGCGAACGCGGAGGAGGAAGGGGCGGGCCUGCGCGUGCCCAGUGGUUACUCUGUGCCUGUGCCCUGUGGCUAUGCCGUCCCCUCGAACCUGCCGCUGCUGCUGCCGCCGGCCUACUCCAGUCCUGUCGUCAUCCGAGCCAAGUCUGUGGAAGAGGAAGAAGCAGCAGAAGUUUCGGGAGACGGGCAGUGCAAUUCCCUAAGCUCCGAGGACCUUCCACACAGUGGCGAUCAAGGCAGCCAGGAGGGCAGUGCCCUGGCCCGGUGGGCAGCCGACCCUGCCAACACAGCAUGGAUGGAAAAUCCAGAGGAAGCAAUUUACGAUGACGUUCCAAGGGAGAACUCCGACUCUGAACCAGAUGAAAUGAUUUAUGACGACGUGGAGAAUGGGGACGAAGGUGGAAACAGCUCGCUGGAAUACGGGUGGAGUUCCAGCGAGUUCGAAAGCUACGAGGAGCAGAGUGACUCCGAGUGCAAGAAUGGAGUUCCCAGAUCCUUCCUGCGCAGCAGCCAUAAAAAGCAACUCUCUCAUGACCUAAACCGCUUUAAGGCGCACUGUGAGGAAAAGAUGAGAGGCCUGGUGGCCAGUACGGUGGGAGCCGUGGAGGUGCCGCAGGCAAAGCACAGGCGGGAGCGGAAGAUGCAGAAGCUCAUGAAGGCAGCCAAGGAGGGCACCAAAGAUGGGUUGGAGAAGACCAAAGCCGCCGUGAAGAGAGGCCGUUCCUUCAUCAGGACCAAGUCUUUCGCUCAAGAUCAAAGGUAUUGUUUUGAAGAAGAGCAGAAUUUGUUCAUUGAUGUGGACUGCAAGCAUCCAGAGGCUGUCCUGACCCCAAUGCCUGAAGGCUUGUCUCAGCAACAGGUUCUAAGGAGGUACAUCCUGGGUUCCAUUGUUGAAAGUGAGAAGAACUACGUAGAUGCCUUACGAAGGAUUUUGGAGCAAUAUGAGAAGCCACUGUCUGAGAUGGAGCCCCGGCUCCUGAGUGACAGGAAGCUCAAGAUGGUGUUUUAUCGUGUCAAAGAGAUCCUACAAUGUCACUCCAUGUUCCAGAUCGCACUGGCCAGCCGUGUGUCUGAGUGGGAUGCCGUGGAAACAAUUGGCGACGUUUUCGUGGCCUCGUUCUCCAAGUCCAUGGUGCUGGAUGCUUACAGCGAGUAUGUGAACAACUUCAGCACAGCUGUGGCCGUCCUCAAGAAGACGUGUGCCACAAAGCCCGCCUUCCUGGAGUUCUUAAAGCUGAGCCAGGACUCCAGUCCAGACCGAGUCACACUCCACAGCCUUAUGAUGCGGCCCAUCCAGAGGUUCCCGCAGUUCAUCCUCCUACUGCAGGACAUGCUGAAGAACACGGCCAAAGGACACCCUGACAGGCUGCCCCUUCAGAUGGCACUGACGGAGCUCGAGACCCUGGCGGAGAAGCUGAAUGAGAGGAAGAGAGAUGCUGACCAGCGCUGUGAAGUCAAACAGAUAGCAAAAGCCAUAAAUGAAAGAUACCUGAACAAGCUCCUCAGCAGUGGAAACCGGUACCUCAUUCGCUCCGAUGACGUGAUCGAAACGGUUUACAACGACAGGGGAGAGAUCAUCAAGACCAAAGAGCGCCGGCUCUUCAUGUUGAAUGACGUGCUCAUGUGUGCCACUGCCAGCUCACGGACCUCACACGAAAGCCAUGCUGUGAUGAGCCAGAGGUACCUGCUCAAGUGGAGUGUCCCUCUAGGACACGUGGAUGUGAUCGAGUACAGCGGUAGCUCUGGCGCCGGGGAGCACAGGCACCAUGCCGCACACGCGCCUGAGAGCCUGGCCGUGGUGGCCAAUGUGAAGCCACACAAAGUUUACAUGGGGCCAGGGCAGUUGUACCAGGAUUUGCAGAACCUACUGUAUGACCUGAACGUUGUUGGCCAGAUCUCACAGCUAAUAGGAAACCUCCGCGGGAGUUAUCAGAAUUUAAACCAGGCGGUAGCCCACGAUUGGACAUCAGGCUUACAACGACUGAUCCUGAAGAAAGAAGAGGAAAUCAGAGCCGCUGACCGCUGCAGGAUUCAGUUACAGCUCCCGGGGAAGCAAGACAAGUCAGGGCGGCCCACUUUCUUUACUGCUGUGUUCAAUACGUUUACCCCUGCCAUCAAGGAGUCCUGGGUCAGCAGCCUGCAGAUGGCCAAGCUGGCACUUGAGGAGGAGAACCACAUGGGAUGGUUCUGUGUGGACGACGAUGGCAACCUAGCCAAGAAGGAGACACACCCUCUCCUGGUGGGACACAUGCCUGUGAUGGUGGCCAGGCAGCCAGAGUUCAAGAUCGAAUGCGCAGCUUAUAACCCUGAGCCUUACCUAAGCAACGAAAGCCAGCCAGCUUCACCCUCCUCGGCACGUGGCUUCCUGUGGAUCGGAAGCUGUAGCGAUCAGAUGGGUCAGGUUGCCAUCAUCUCCUUUCAAAGUUCCAACCCCAAAGUCAUUGAGUGCUUCAACGUCGAGUCACGCAUCCUGUGUAUGGUAUACAUUCCCGCAGAGGAGUCGAAGCCCCAAGAGUCCGGUGAAGCCGUGGACCCAGAGGCCACAGCCUCGAGAGCGUCCCAUGUGCCCACCAUCUGCCUGGGCACAGAGGAAGGAAGCAUUUCCAUCUACAAAAGCAGUCAGGGCUGCAAGAAAGUGAGGCUUCAGCACUUCUACACCCCUGACAAGUCCACGGUCAUGAGCCUGGCUUGCUCCCCGCAAGGCCUGUACGCGGGCCUGGUCAAUGGGUCCGUGGCCAGCUACACCAAGGCUCCAGAUGGAUCCUGGAACUCAGAGCCCCAGCAAGUGAUCAAAUUGGGCGUCCUGCCUGUCAAAAGCCUUCUCCUGGUGGAAGGUGCGCUGUGGGCAGCCUCGGGAGGGCAGGUGUUCAUGGCCAGCCUGGAGACGCACACUAUAGAGAACCAGCUGGAGGCCCACCAAGAGGAAGGGAUGAUCAUCUCCCACAUGGCUGUGGCUGGCGUUGGCAUUUGGAUUGCCUUCACCUCGGGGUCCACCCUCCGCCUCUUCCACACCGAGACCCUGAAGCAUCUGCAGGAUGUCAACAUCGACGCCCCGGUGCAUAGCAUGUUGCCAGGCCACCAGCGUCUGUCUGUGACCAGCCUGCUCGUCUGUCACGGCUUGCUCAUGGUUGGUACCAGCCUGGGUGUUGUCGUGGCCCUGCCCGUCCCUCGUCUUCAAGGUAUCCCCAAAGUGACAGGGCGAGGCAUGGUCUCCUACCAUGCACAUAAUGGGCCUGUUAAGUUCAUUGUCAUGGCCACAGCAUUUCAGAAAAACAAGGACAGAGCCAGAGACAGCCCACCCUCCGGCCCCGAGCCUCAGGAUGAAGACCCCAAGGAUUUGCUCGGCAAUGAGGAGGGCACUUCUUGCUUGGGCCAGACGGACGCCAACACAGCUGUUUGGUUGGGAGACUCUUCGGGAUUGACAGGGCAGAAAAGUGACCUGUCUUCGUCCUCUGGGUCUCUGAGCCUGUCCCAUGGCUCCAGCUCCCUGGAGCACAGAUCCGUGGACAGCAGCCUGUGUGACCUCCUAAAGGACCCCAGCGCCUCCCCAAGGGGCAGGGCACAGCGCUCAAGGAGAGCCAAAGCCAGUUCAGCGCUGGUGGUAUGUGGAGGCCAAGGCCACCGGCGAGUGCAUCGGAAGGCUAGACAGCCUUCUCAGGAGGACCCGGUAUCUUCAGUGAUGGUGUGGCAGAUCCCACUGCUGAGCAUGUAGGUCAGAGGCUGCUGCCUGGCAUGAGGGUGGCAAUCAGGGACAACUCUCAGCCGGGUGCAGGCCGAGUGGCGAAGGCUGCAUCCGUACCACUGGGACCAACUGGAAACACAGCUCUCCUGCCUUCUCCCACAGCACAGCUGAGUCCAGAUGUGCUAGGGAGGCAGAGGAGCGUUCCGGCUUUUGAGUCGCUGAGCGGAGUUCCAGGAUAGUGCUGCAGUCUGCCCCGUCAAUCCUCUGAGUCACAUCUCAGAGAGACGACAGGGAAAUGCAGCAUCCGGUAGCAUAGGAGGUCAUUAACCAUUCUUAAAAAUCAUUCUACUUGACUUAGACUCACCGCUGUUAUUUAUAUUCUAUAUAUUUUUUAAGUCUCAGAAUAAAAAUUGUAACAAUUUAAAAAGCCAGGUAAUACAUUCCAGUCCAGUCCUCUUGUUUAGUUUGGGAGCGACUGAGGCUUUCCAAAGUAGACUGAUAUGUGUACUGUACCCUUUAACAAAUAGUGUUUUUAUAUUGCAUUUUCUAUUAAAAAUUAACCGUUAACGUUUUAGUCAAUAUACUAUCUGUAGUGUUUUGCACAUAAUCUUUGCUUUAAGCCAAAAUGUUCCAUACCUAUCAACACUGGGACUCCAGCUUCCAUGCCAAACCAUCCUUUCCUUCUCAUGCUAAAUGAUAUCAAUAUCUACCCGGGACACGUGCAGGUCCAGUCAUGCAGGGAUGGUGCCGGAAGAGUCUCAGGUCUUCUGUGCACUCGGCUGUCCCAGAGCCUCCGCAUUUGGGCACUCAUGCCGAGUCGCCCAUGGUGCUGACCAGUCAGCUGCCGCCUCCACGGCCUGCCAUGCCAGUGCCCCCCACCCCUCCCACCCACACACAGAACAUACAGGGUCAGUAUGGGGCACUUGAGAGGCAGCUGCACAUGUCAAGGACACGAGUAACCUGUAGACUGUUCGCCCUGCCUGUGUUUGUACACCAGUGUUUCACUUACUGAAUGGCUAAAACUAUUUUUUUAAAGGCUAAUUCAGAUAUUCAUCAGAAACACACUUCUCAGCACUUUACAAAUGACUAAAAAACGCUAACUUUUAACUUAGCCAAAUAUUUCCUACAUUGCACAUAUACCCAAGCUUUCUUAAACUGUUAGCUGCUAUCUUAUUUGAUAAAAAAUUAAAUAAAAGACUUUUUAUUUUAGAAUACA